AUCACAAAUAACGACACGGAAAUCAUUCCUACGGCAUAAUCAUAUUUCGACAAAUCUGCAUUGAAUUCUUAAAGUUAUUUCAAGAGAAUCUCAAGAAACCCUGCAGAAUUCUUGAUUGAUGAGCGUGCAUUUUUGUUCGUAGCCAUUAUGCGCACGUGGCUAUCGGGGACGCUGAUGCUGCUGGUGGUGUCGGCAGGGACCUUUGCCGAAGAGGGAGAACCAAGAUGCGAGGGGCAGAAGGGGUACCUAGGAAUCCAUGGCAAACACGGGAAGCGUGGGUCCGACGGCCAGGAUGGAGCAGACGGAGCAAAGGGUGAACGUGGAGAUCCAGGCGAAGCUGUGAAAGGGAAUACAGGCCUCCCUGGCAUGCAAGGACCCAAAGGACAGAAUGGACUCAACGCACCGAUGAGUGAGAAUGGGCCUCAAGGGAACAAAGGCGUUCAGGGUGCCAGAGGAGACCCGGGACACGUGGGCACAAUGGGUGCAAACGGAGACCGAGGACCCAGGGGACACAAUGGAAAUGACGGGGCAAAGGGCUCCCCAUACAUGUUGCCGAGAUCCGCUUUCUCAGUCAAAACCUCCUACAGAAAAAAGAGCACGGUUGGAAUACUUAAACACGACUUGGAAAUUGCUAACUUACAAAAGCAUUACAAUACUCAGACAGGAAAAUUCAAAUGUGAGCAUCCGGGGUAUUACUACUUCACGUUCUACCUCUCAGUUUCUGGGAAAAACUUAACAGCCUUUCUGAAACGGAAUACCAGAACCAUCCUGACUGUUACUGACGAACUAACAAAAGAUUCUGGGGCUGAAAACAUGGGUGGGAGCAUCGUGCAACAUCUGGAUAAGGGAGACACGGUGUGGGUCGAUAUUGAUGCCACUAAUAAUGGCAUCUUUGUUGACCAUGCCCGAGACAAUGUGUUCUCUGGGUUUAUAUUGAACUUUUACAGCUGAGCUACUUAAAAUUUUAUCUAAUUUUGAGAACACACGAUGUUCAAUUAAAUGUCACAAACAAUGCUAUUAACUACCACACUUUCUGUCAGCUAGAUUGCACGUGUAAUAAAGAGACGACAUGAGACUUUGCAGGCCUUCUCUUACAGUAUCCAAUAAUUAGCCUUUGUCUUCUUCGCAGUCAUUGCCACUCUAAAUUGCCACUCCGAUGCCCGCAUCAAUAACGUAUCUCCCUCGAUCCUCCAUAUGCCAUACCAUUUUUAUUACAUCGCAAAUGUCUCCUGUGAAAUCAAAUUUCUAUGUAAUUAGAUAUUUUUAUAUUCGUGUCUUACCCAAUGCUGAGAUUAAAUUACUAACAACGUCUGAAUCAACUUUUACUCAAUCGCCAGACGUUUAUAUUCUUGUUACAUUUGUAUUAAAGAUUAUUAAUUUCCCCGACAGAAGUGGUGAGUAUGUUACUGAUCUGAUAUUAUAUCAACGGCAAUGUAUUGUUGCAUGUCUCUUACCCAAUCUGCUGUCUGUUUCAUUGGUGUAUUCCUAUUAUCUUUACAAUUAAAAUCCUUGCGAAGUAUUACGUGGUAUGCAAUUAUUUUAAUUCUGAAUCAUUAAGUCAUCAAUGGUUUCAAAAUAAAAUUAUCUGUUCGCAAUAAACCGUAA